CGUCUGUGGCGUGGCGUGGCUCUCGUGUAAAUUAAUUACAAACUCAAAAUGGCGAAAGCAGCAGAGCAGAAACAAAACUUGACCGUUGUGACUGAAGAAACGAAGCUUGAUAUCCGCGACGUGGUGCACACAGCCACCACUUACGGCAGAAGACGCAAUGACGUGGCAAUGGUUGCGCUAAGAGCUAUGUGCAUGGCUGUAUCGGCGGUUGCUGUGACGUUAACGGUGACAGCACACGAGACUAGCAUGACCACUCUCUACGGCUUCGAGUUUCAACUCCACGCCGUUUGGUCACUCUCAGAUUCUCUAAUAUAUCUAGUGGUGGUUUCAUCUGCAACGGUUCUUUACUCGUUGAUCCAACUUAUCACAAGUGGAACAAGACUGAUGAGAAGAUCUCCAGUGAUCCCGACAAGAACACAAGCAUGGUCUUGCUUCAUUGCAGAUCAGGUAUUUGGAUACGCGAUGGUGAGUGGAGGAUCUGCGGCUCUAGGAGUAACGAAUAUGAACAGAACAGGAAUCAGACACAUGCCUCUUCCAAACUUCUGCAAAUCUCUCGGUUUCUUCUGUGACCAUCUCGCAUUCUCCGUCGUCUUCUCCUUGUUCGCGUUUCUCCUCCUCGCCGCUUCUUCUGUUCUCGACGUUCUCCGUCUCUCACGCGACCGUUAGAAACAAUAGUUACUGUUUUACCCUUUUGUAACUUUCCUUCAUCGUCUUGUCUGAUGUUUUUUUCAUCAUUAUAAUAAUUAUUAAUUACAGUAUGUAUUAAUUUUUGGAAUUGUUUGUUUCAAUCGAUGUCAGCUUAAAACUUCGAAUUCCAAAGUUGUUUUGAAAUUAUGUUU